AUGUUACGCCCUCCUCAGUAUUUCAUGCGUCGCUGCAUAGGCCACAACUUCACUGGUUACCGCUAUUUCUCCAGUAACUCACGUAAUUGGUUUAAUAUUGAACCCGAGUAUAUGUCACUACGUGGCUUGGGCAUCCUGAGCCGCGUAUUCCGUGGCAUGCCUGACCUGGCACGCUACAUUCGUGGCAAGACGCGUAUUUUUGUACCAGAGGCUUCAGACGAAGCAUGUAGCUCCAUGUAUGUGCUGUCCCAGUUUCCAAUGUCCGUGCAAGUGAAUUUACCAGAGUUUGUACAAGGUGCAGAGCGAGCAGCUCAUAUCGUGUUGCAAAGACUCUAUGCAGAGGACGUUGAGGAGACAAAAGAGUUUUUAAAACAAUUGGCGACUACUGAGAGUCUUGAAUUACUGCUUCAAAAGCCUUCAGCUAUGAUACAUAGAGAAACGAAAGGACAGCGCAUUGUGCUGGAGCAACUUAGUAUCAACAGUGCAGCAUUAAAAGCUGUAGAAUAUACAAGAGAGCAAGAAGAUGAGAAUGUGACAAGUGAGUGGCUAACGCUUCAAGUUCAAUACGAUAGUACGGAACACUUGUUGAUUGUACCGGAAACGAAUCACGGUAUUGAAGACCGACGUGCCAUCAAUACGGAGUUUCUAUGGACAUUUGAAGCAAACGUGACAACCUCAGACGAGUUGCAGUGGGGUAUCGUAGCUGCUACGUCAUUUGAGGAAAAGCCAGCGGUAUUCCGUUCAAAUGAUGAAGAAACAGUAUUGAGCCAUCACAAGAGAUAG